AAACUUAUCUGAAUCAAAAAAGAAAACUUAAAACUAUAUCUAGAAACAACCACACAUCCUCCAUCAGUCGAAAAUAUCACAAAAUCAUCUUAAAUCACAAUCAAAAGCCUUUCUAAAGUCUACAAAUCGCGAGAGAAAUGUAGAAACCAUACCUGGAGAGAAAGUAGUAUGUGUUCAUGUUAUUGUGCACACACACAUAACUGAUAAGGUUCUCGAGUGUAAAUUUUGACAGAUUUAGAUACAGUUUUGCUAGUAUUGUUGUGCUAGAUAGAAUCUGUGUCUAUUUUUGAUAGUUUAUAGAUAAGAGGUGAAUUGUAGUGUUGGACUGGAGUUUAGCUGAGUGACAGACAAGUAUUUGAAAGUAGUUUGGAGUGAGAGUUUUGUAAGAUCUGUGAUAGAUUGUUGAAAUCGAAUUGUUGAAAUUGAACAGAUUGUUGAAAUAUGUGUUCAAUCUUGAUUUAGAAUAGGAACUUUCUUCUGUAGGAGAAGUAUGGUUUUAAUUUGAUACCAUGAGUAAUUAUUGUAGAUUGAUAUCAAACUGAUAUUUGAAAGAAAAGUUUGACCACUUCACCCCACAUCCAGAUGAUCGUUUCAAACAAAGAAACCCUCACUAAAAGAUAUUGUUGAAAAUGGACAAAGUAAGAAAAAUUUAAAUCCAAAACUAUGUUAUCAAUAUCAGUGGCAACAAGGCUAGGAAUUUUGAGACAGUGAGAACAUGAGAAAACAUUGUUUAAAGGAUACACAAUAUUCUCCAGUAGGAUUGAAACAGUACUGCCAAAUUAUUGUGAACUGUACAGUGCGUCAAAUUUGAAAAUGGUGACACCACGACUGACAUGGAUUUGAAAUCUAUCUGAGAGGUGAUAAAGGAUCUCCAAAGACUGGGAAUAUGAUGUCCUCCUUCAAAAUUCUCUUCUCCACCCUCCUCAUAUGUCUACAAUGUUCUGGAAAUACUUUCGGCUGGAAGGGAGGAACACAGUGGGCCAGUCCAGAAAUGGAGGCUCUGGACGAACGUCACGACCAGGAAUUGCUGAAAGCCGUCCAGGAAAGCAUGGCAGCCUGGGAGAGGAGGAAAGCUAGUCAUAGCCAUCGGCAAAAAAGAGCAGACUCACCAGGGGUAUGCUAUGACGGUGUGGGGUGCUUCAAGGAGUCUGGACCCUAUGGUUACAUCGAUAUGUUACCUAGUUCUCCCGAAGAGGUGGACACACGUUUCCUGAUGUACAGUUCGAAAAAGAACCGACGCUCGGACACACCCCUGUUAGACGUCGGCUUCGCCAACCUGACUGCCGUCUACACGUGGGCUGGCAAAGCGUUCAACGUGUCAGCUCCCACCAAGGUCAUAGUUCACGGGUUUGGCUCAUCCUGCUCCCAUGUCUGGGUCUACGAGAUGCGGAGUGCGCUCAUGUCUGUUGAAGAAUGCAACGUAAUCUGCGUGGACUGGGAAAAAGGAGCCACAUUCCCCAACUACGUCCGAGCCGCAGCCAAUACAAGAUUGGUUGGCAAACAGUUGUCAAUGCUGAUAGCUGGCCUCCAUGAGAAGCUGCACUUACCACUGCAUAAAGUGCAUAUCAUCGGGUUCUCUCUUGGCGCUCAUGUGGCUGGGUUUGCGGGGGCCCAACUGAAGAAUAUCUCAAGGAUCACUGGUCUAGACCCAGCCGGCCCCCUGUUCGAGAGCCAAGACCCGCGAGCUCGCCUCGAUUCGAGUGACGCCAGCUUUGUCGAUGUGAUUCACUCCAACGGGGAGAACCUCAUCCUGGGUGGCCUGGGGUCAUGGCAGCCUAUGGGACACGUCGACUACUACCCCAACGGGGGUCGCAUGCAGAAGGGAUGCAGCAACCUGUUCGUGGGUGCUGUCACCGAUAUAUUGUGGUCUGUAUCAGAAGCAGAAGGCAGGAGCUUGUGCAACCAUAGGCGAGCCUACAAGUUCUUCACAGACAGCGUCUCGCCACGUUGCCAUUUCCCUGCACUCUCCUGCGACAGCUUCGACAAAUACCUGGCAGGCAACUGCUUCCCCUGCACCGAUCAGGAUAACUGCGGCAACAUGGGCUAUUAUGCCGACAAGGCUAAGGGGAGAGGCACGCUCUAUCUGGUCACUAGGGAUGAGGAACCCUUUUGUGCGAACCAAUACCUAGCCCGUGUCGAAAGCACACCAAGUGUCCUCCCAGUAGUCAGCUACGGCAAAAUCCAACUGACCCUGAUCGGAGACGGUGACCUGAACGAGACGUUCACACUGACAACCAAGGACGAUGACGAGCUGAGUGUGGGAGGAGCCUUGAGUCGCAUCAUAGUUCCACAUCCUGCCGUCAGACAUUAUGUGGCGCUGCAGAUACUCUACACGGCCUACAGUGGAUGGAUAUCUAGUGGGCUGGCCAGGUGGAGCAUCGACAAGAUUAUAUUGGUCGAUAGUUUGGGGCAAAGUUUGUCAGUGUGCAAAAGAGGGCUUGUUCUGGAGUCUGGCAUAGCGGCUCUACUGCCACUUUAUCCUGGAAACUGCAAGCAUCAAUCUGAUAGUACUCCGUCGGUUACUUGGAACAAUAAUGUGACAUUACCAAAGAUCCCAUCCGACAACACCACCCGCUACAUCCCGACCCAAGUGGUUCACCUGGGUGACGAAAUCGUGUUCAACAGCUCGUUAACCGACAGGAAACAAAAUGGCAGCGACAAACACGACGACAACUACCUCAGCUACAACUGGCAACCGGUUCCUGAGUACCCAGAAGUCUCCGGCAACUCAGGAAACGACCUUGAGUCCACAAACCUCAACCUUGAGGAUGUUGGUCGAGGGUUCCUCAAUGUGAAACAAGUUAGCAGCAGCUGGAACUCCACUAGAAACACAACCGGUUUAGAGGAAAGGUUUGGGAACAACACAACCCUGGACAAGAGGUCACCGGGGAAGGAUUUGUUGGGUAAUGCAACCCGUAAAAUGGAUGACAAAAAGGAGAGGAUCCUCAGGAAGGAUGAACCCUACAAGUUUGAAGCGAUUAUGUUGAGUGACGAACCGGUUCAAACCGGUUCUACAAGUUCAGGGAACGACACAACAACACGUCCAGAAAUCAAGGAACCCAUCCUACCUUCAACAACACCUCGUGUAGCUUCCAACCGGUCACCUAAAUCAGACCUUACACCACCUUCUGUAACUGCCACAGAAUCGUGGUACCACUGGGAGAGCUCCACCAACAACGGCAAAAAGACUAAAAAGUUGAACCUGGAUUCUGUACCCUCUGCAGCUGCUGCAACUUCCAAUGAAACUUCUCCGGAAAGGUCUCUGGUGGUACAACUUUUCCCGCAGAGGUUGGUCAGUUUGUUGGAGCAGGCUGAAAGGUAUGCAAGGUUGGCGUUUUCUCCGUUUGUGUCUCAAGGUGAUAACUCGGAGUCUAGAGUGCAGAGGAUGUUGAAGUAUUUGCCAACAUUUUGGACACAUAGUGAUCAACAUGCAGCCUCUUCUGCUAAACGUGCAAACCGGCAUAUAGAUGUUGCUAAACCUGGGGAAAACCAACCUGACAAUCCAUACAAGAUGGAAACCCCUGAUCCCAAUUCAGGCUACAAGAUGGAAAACCCUGAUUCCAAUUCAGGUUACAAGAUGGAGAACCACCCUGAUAGGGAUCCCAAUCCAGGUUUAAAACCUAGUCCAGGACCUUCCCCUGUGGGUGAACACCAAACUGUUUCUUUCGACAACAGGGGGGAUUCUGCAUUACCCUACAAACUACAAACCCAGCAAACCCUUGAGGAAAACUCUAAAGUGGUUGCAAUUCCUUACAAACUAGCCGACCAGAAGAGGGUGGAUAAGUUUCAUCCAAAGUUCAUCCCAGUUUUGCAUGAAACAGAUAAAGGAUCGACGGAGGAAAGUCCUGUUAAGGUUGUGUUAGAUUUUAAUCGACCUGAGGGUGUGGUUGACCAUAUGGAGACUCCCUUGGCUCAGGAGGAGUCGGAGUAUGAAGGUGUUGAGAAGACUACUGUGAAGGAGGGUACGAGAUGAGGAGAAUGGUGAUUCCAGUGGAAAAUCUGAUUGAAAUAUGGAUAUCACACACUAAUCAUGGGAACUUCAGAGUGAAAAUUGUUCACUUUGAUUAGAAGAUUGAAUUAGAAUAUGGAUAAUACACACUCAUGUUUGAAAACUUUUGAGUGUUUGUAAAGGAGAGUGUGAUAUGAGGAGUAUAACGAUUCCAGUUGGAGAUUUGAUUGAAAUCAAUGUACCUAGAAUACAGGAUUCUUGACACAUUGAUUACAGAAUAUAGGAUUCUAGCAUAGAGAAACAAUAACAUAAGCUAUUGUUUGACAAUAACAAUAACAUACGCUGUUGUUUCUCUGUGGUUCUAGGUACCUUUGAUUGAAAUAUAGGUAUCAUACAGUAAUCAUGAAAACGUUGACGUUGAAAAUGAUUAGAUGAUUGUAUUAAAGUAUGGAUAUUAUACUCUCAUUUGAAAUAACGUUUGCGUGUUUGGAUAAGAGAGUCUGGAUGAGAAUUAAGGUAAUUUCAGUUGGAAAUUCAAUUGAAAUAUGGGCAUCACACUCGUUCGAACCUCUUGUUUUAUAAUGUGAUAGAUGUAUCUCACUUGAUAGGUAAGAUCCAUCUGACAGAAUUCGAGUUUUGAAACCACUACCGAUUACAAUAAUUAUUUGAAUGAUAAUCCAUUAUCAUCAAUGAGAUUAUAUAAUAUGUUUUUUCAAAUGAUUUUGACAAUAAUUGAAACUAUUAUCAAAUUAAAAAGCUUCCACAAUUACCAGUUGUCUUCUCCCAGUAAUAUUGUAUUAUUGCAUAAUAUAAUGAUUUGUGAUUUAUCACUCAUUAACUGCAAUUAUCAUUAAAUCAUUCAUUCCUUGUACACAUCAUCAUUUCAAUAUUCUUAACAUUCCUUAGAACUCGCAUAUCCAUGAAUAUCAUAGUCUAUUACAUUCAUCUGUAAAGUUCUCAUGAUUUAUGUUACCAUUCGUCUUGGAACUACUUUUGAACUUAUGUUCUUGAAACAGAGACUUUAACCUGGAACUACUUAUAUAGGCAUAUACUACUGUUGAAAACAAAUACUUUUUUGAUAGUACGAAGUUUAUAAUAAGAACUUAGAUUUUCUUAUUGUGAAAUCUGAAUUGGUUUGUAUCAAAAAAAUUUGGAAAGAAUAAAAUGGGAAGAAACAAUAAAUACUUUCAGUACAGUUCCUGUUCAGAGAUCGGAUGUGUAAACUUAGAAUUUGAAUAAACAUUGAUCUAUUCAAAUAUUAAUUUAAUAAAAAAAUAAUUUCUCAUACAGUACUUUUUCCAAAAGAAGGGCUGUUCCUUUCUUGUGAUGAAGCUAUGAGAGAAAUUUUAAAGGACAUCAACAAAAAAAUUCUUCAUUCUUUAUUGAUUCACACAAUAAGAAUAAGUACAUCAUGAAAAUGAUAGGGAGAGAAAAAUAAGGCAACCUUGUGCUAUUCCUCUUCCAAAUUUAGAUAGGGGGUUACACAUAGUCCGAGAUGAGUCAUGUAGUUGUUCACUUCACAAAAUAUUAUAUGAAUACAAAUUAAAUUGAAUUAAAAAUCAAUCAACCAAUGCCUGUUGUGAUAAUAAUAUGCAAUAUUUGUUGGCAAUAUCUCUUUAUUUUUUAUAGAUUUUUGAUAUAUUUUGUAAAAGUGUCAUGUUGUGGAAAUUGAAGAGACGAUGUAGAACCAAAAUUAGAUUUAAGAUUAGUUAUUUUUUCUGAAAAGAAGUAACUGCUAUUUAAGACUACUUUUAGGUUAUAUUCUCUGUUGUAUUUCCACAAAAUAAUGAUAUUACUGUAUUAGUUUAGGAUACUACUCUAGAUUACAAUAUUUAUUUAUUAUUAGUCAUUCUCGUGUACAGUAUUUUUCUACCGAUUGUAAUAUAAUAGUGUUUAUGUUA